CUUCCCACCGCACACGAACACACCCACACGGCAGCGCGUCGUUUCGCGUCGGUUUCCUCCAAAACGUUUCUCACUUCUCACUAUAAAAUCCGAACCAAAACCCGCCUGCAAAUCCGCCAGAGCCUCGCCGGAAACUCCGAUUCCUCCUCGAUUCACAGCAUUAUUGCUUCGAUUUUGUUUGUUUUGCGUACGAAUCGGAAAUGGUGCGUUUGAGCAACAAUUUGUUAGGGAUUCUGAACAUAAUCACGCUGCUGCUGUCGAUUCCGAUCAUCGGCGGCGGAAUAUGGUUGUCGAAGCAAGGGAACACCGAGUGCGAGCGGUUCCUCGAUAAACCGGUGAUCGCGUUGGGCGUGUUCGUUCUGUUGGUCUCCAUAGCCGGAUUGGUUGGCUCCUGCUGCAGAGUGACGUGGCUUCUGUGGAUUUAUCUACUCGUCAUGUUCCUGUUGAUUUUGCUGUUGUUCUGUUUCACGAUUUUCGCGUUCGUCGUCACCAAUAAGGGCGCUGGUGAUGCGCUUUCCGGUAAAGGUUAUAAGGAGUACAGGCUUGGAGAAUAUUCCAAUUGGUUACAGAAGAGAGUCAAUAAGAACUGGAACAAGAUCAGCAGUUGUUUGAAGGAUAGUAAGGUUUGCCAGAGGCUGCUUCAGGAUCGGUCAACGCCUGCGGAGAAGUUUUUCAGUGAACAUCUCUCAUCUCUUCAGUCGGGGUGCUGCAAGCCAUCGAAUGACUGCAACUUCGAAUACGUCAGCCCCACAAAUUGGAGAGAAGGCGCGAAUUCAACUAAGCAAAAUAACAAAGACUGCAAUGUAUGGAGCAACGAGGCGGGCACAUUGUGCUACGGCUGCGACUCGUGCAAAGCAGGGCUGCUCGAUAACAUCAAGAGCGACUGGAAAAGGGUGGCCGUCGUAAACAUCAUCUUCCUUAUCUUCCUGAUCAUCGUCUACUCAGUCGGCUGCUGCGCCUUCAGGAACAACAGGGAGGAUAAUACCUGGAAACGAUACCCAUGAUCGUCGUCGCCGGUAAUCGACAUUGCUCGUCGAUUUUCUUUUUAUUUUUUUGGCUUUUUGUUUUUUGGUAAUUUGAUCUUCUUUACACAACCUUCAUGUUUAUGUUUAUGUUUGUGUUCUUCUCUUAGGGUGUACAGAAUAUUUACCCUGUCGUUUUUUAAUCUGAGCACCAUUAGAGUAUAUAUAUAUAUAUAUAUAUAUAUGAAGACCAUAUUCGUUAUAUAUAUAUAUAAUAAUAGAUUGUUAUUUUCUGCAGUUUAUUUUGUAAUAAAAUAGGCAUUUGUUUUUAUAACUUGGAUUAAAUUUAUUUUAUUUUGGUUAUAUAUUGUA